AUGGGUCAGCCACUGGUCGCGCCCCCGCGGGCACCCGCGCAUGAAAUAGAAGAUCCACGACAUCACGAUGAUCGACAGAGGGCCGAGCUUAGCCGAGCCACGUCAUCCCAUCCCCGAGGCCGAAGAACGCCACCUCCACGACUAAGUGGGAGUAAUCGACGAGAUGAGCGAGGACAUCGUCGAAGCCCGAGGGCCGCAAAGGCCAUCGAGCCAGCAGGGUCAGCUACGCGGAGAUUGAUCUUUUCUGGACGACUUGGUGAUGGUGAAGGACCGAGGAGACACCAAGACCGAUGUGAAGAGCCCCGAGUGCGACGUGCUACAAGGGAAGAAGAGGAUUCUCGCCAUAGCCCUCGGCGACGAAGCCCACUUCGCCGGAGAGAUGGACAAAGGAGCCCACAUGAGUCUGACCACAGAGAUGACGGGCGCACUAGGAGAAGUGAUGUUGGCCGAGCCGACCAUAAUGGCCGGCCUCGUCAACACGAGCGAGAGGCUCAGGUUGGCCGACCUCAUCAGGAUGAGCUGGCCAACCAUAACGGCCGACUUCAGCAGGAAAAAGCGUAA